CCGCGCGCCAAGCCCACAAAGAUAGGAAAAGCGCCGCGCGGGGCGGGACUUGGCUCGAAAGAGACGCACUUUGAACGGCGUCCGACGGAGCCAAUCCCCUUGCCCUGAAGUGAAGCCCUUCUGGGCCAAUGGGUGACGGGGAGGCAACGCUUCAGCGAAGGCGGGGCGUCCGGGAGGGGGCCCCGUGCGCCGGGUAAUGGAGGCUCAGUGCGCGAGCGGCCAUUGAGGAGGCAGGAGCUGCGUGUGUGUACCAAGGGAGGGGGUGGGGCGGCUGCUGGAGGAGUUCGAGCCCCAACUCUUGUCUCCAUUUGCGACAGCGGCGUCGGCUCGGCGGCGCGUCCCUCCCUCGCGGCGCGGGGGCCUCAGGGAGGGGGGAGAUGGAGAUGAAGAAGCGCAUCACGCUGGAGUUGAGGAAUCGGGCCCCGGAGAAGGUGACAGAGUUGGUGCUUGAUAACUGUCGAUCCAGCAAUGGUGAAAUUGAAGGCCUGAAUGAGUCAUUUAAAGAGCUAGAGUUUCUCAGCAUGGCCAAUGUAGAACUGACAUCACUGGUCAGACUCCCCACCUUAAGUAAGCUCCGAAAGUUGGAAUUGAGUGACAACAUCAUUUCAGGAGGCCUGGAAGUCCUGGCAGAAAAAUGUCCGAAUCUCACAUACCUAAAUCUAAGUGGCAACAAAAUCAAAGAUCUUAGCACUGUGGAAGCCCUUCAAAAUCUUAAAAGCUUGAAGAGUCUUGACUUGUUCAAUUGUGAGAUCACAAACCUGGAGGAUUACAGAGAAAGCGUUUUUGAGCUGCUUCACCAAAUCACAUACCUAGAUGGAUUUGAUCAGGAAGAUAACGAGGCACCUGAUUCAGAGGAGGAAGACGAGGAAGGAGAUGAGGAUGAUGAUGAAGAUGAGGAUGAAGCUGGUCCACCAGGAGAGUAUGAAGAGGAUGAUGAUGAAGAUGAUGGAGGUUCAGAUUUGGGGGAGGGUGAAGAGGAGGAGGAGGAAGUGGGCCUUUCAUAUCUGAUGAAGGAGGAGAUUCAGGAUGAAGAAGAUGAUGAUGACUAUGUUGAAGAAAGAGGUGAUGAGGAAGAAGCAGAGGGUGUCCAAGGGGAAAAGAGGAAACGAGAUCCUGAAGAUGAGGGCGAGGAAGAGGAUGAUUAAGUCACUAUAGAAAUAAAUAGGACCAGAGUCUUUACGUUACAGAAUACGCAAUAGUGAUCAUGCAGAUCUGUAUGUCUCCAUGUACCAUAGAUGUCCUUACAGAAGAUAACGUUAACUUUUUAUAGGAAAGGUGUGGUUUUACUAUUUUUGCCCUUUUUAUCAUUCCAAAUAAGAUGUAAUAGCCUGGUAGUGAACAUAUGUAGAAAACGACUUUCAACCCUAUAAUCACUGAACCCAUUGUCAAGUUUUCCCCUAGAAUUUUAUUUGGACUUCUUUUGUUUUAUACAAGCUUGCAGUGUUUGUCAUUAUUAGUCCACAAUUAAAGACAGACUUUUACAUGGGUUUAGUAUGGCAAAUUUCAUUUAAGAUUUUAAAAUUAUAAGUAAACUGAAAUCAAAGAUGCUGUAAUGUGAUAAAGUCAACAGUCUAUUUCAAAUGAAAAGUUGGUUAUAUCCAAUUGAGCUGACCACAGGUCCUACUUGGAAUCAACUUGAUUAUUUUAACUUU